AUGAAGCCUGUCGCUUUUUCCUUCUUGUUGUUUGUCUUCGUGGGUCUGGUCGCCGCCUGGUCCAAAGAAGACUACGAGAUCUUCUCCCUGCGUGACGAUGUGGCUGCUACAGAAGGCGCCAAUGUGACUUUCUAUGACUUCCUCGAGAUCCGCCCAAAUGCCAAUCAGGAGCAAAUUGUCAAAGCCCAUCGCAAGAAGUCGAGAACCCUACACCCGGACAAGGUCAAGCGCGCCUUCAUCGCCAAUUACUCCACGGACAAGAGCAAAUCCAAGUCUUCUCAGCCGGGCGUCCACGUCUCCAAGGGUCCUUCCAAGCGUGAGAUCGAUGCUGCCGUCAAUGCCGCCAAUGCUCGCUCCGCGCGUCUCAAUCUCGUCGCCAAUGUCCUCAAGGGUCCCGGCCGUGAACGCUACGAUCAUUUUUUGAAGCAUGGUUUCCCCCUGUGGAAGGGCACUGGCUACUACUACUCACGAUUCCGCCCUGGUCUGGGUUCCGUGCUGAUGGGUCUGUUCAUCGUCUUCGGUGGUGCUGCGCACUACGGUGCUCUCAUCCUUGGAUGGAAGCGUCAGCGUGAGUUUGUCGGCCGCUACAUUCGCCAGGCUCGUCGUGCUGCAUGGGGUGAUGAGUUGGGUGUACGUGGCAUUCCCGGUCUGGACUCAAAUGGUGCUCCCGCACCUGCGCCUACCCCCGAGGCCAACGACCAAGGUGCUGUUGCUAUGAACCGUCGUCAGAAGCGCAUGAUGGAUAAGGAGAACCGCAAGGAGAGCCGGAAGGGUGCUUCUCGGUCUGCGAGCCGGGCCUCGGGCACUUCGACCCCUACGGGUGAGCAGCCUGCCACCUCUACCGGCGAGCGUAAGCGCGUCGUUGCUGAGAAUGGCAAGGUCCUGAUUGUCGAUUCCAUUGGCAAUGUCUUCUUGGAAGAAGAGAGUGAGGAGGGUGAGCGUCAGGAAUUCUUGCUCGAUAUCGACGAGAUCCAACGACCCGCCAUUACCGAUACCGCUCUGUUCAAAUUUCCGGUUUGGUGCUUCCAGAAGACUGUUGGUCGGAUUACCGGCUCGUCUGAGAUUCCUGAGGAGGAAGAGGUCGUGGAGCCUGUUGAUGAGGUUGCUGAAACCACUGCCACGUCAAACCCGGCUCCGAGCAGGAAGCGUGGAAAGCGCUCUCAGAGAUCAUAG